AGUGACAGUGACAGUUGUCAACUCGAAAACGUAUCAAAAAUCUAUGGAUAUCUAACCUAUUUUUGACUUUGGUUUACGAAAUACGAAAUGGUUUCGGAAAAAGAUAAAAUAGAGAAUUCGGAUGAAAACGAUUCAGAAAAUCAAAGUGAAAACAGCGAUAAUGAAGAGCAAACAACAGAUUUAGAGGUAAAAGCGUCCGAAGAAAAACCAACGACUUGGAAAGAUUUGGGUCUUGUAGAUGUCCUUUGUAAAGCCUGCGAACAGUUAAAAUGGAAAGAACCGUCAAAGAUUCAAAGGGAAGCCAUCCCAGUAGCAUUGCAGGGAAAGGACAUUAUUGGUCUGGCCGAAACAGGUUCAGGCAAGACAGCUGCUUUUGCCUUACCCAUCUUACAAGCUCUACUAGAGAAUCCACAAAGGCAUUUUGCAUUAAUCUUAACACCCACAAGAGAGUUGGCAUUUCAAAUAUCCGAACAAUUUGAAGCUUUAGGGUCUAGUAUUGGUGUUAAAAGUGUAGUUAUUGUUGGAGGAAUGGAUAUGAUGUCUCAAGCAUUAAUUCUUGCAAAGAAACCUCACAUUAUUAUAGCUACCCCAGGAAGAUUAGUCGAUCACUUGACAAAUACUAAAGGAUUUAACUUACGAGCACUAAAAUAUUUGGUUAUGGACGAAGCAGAUAGAAUACUAAACAUGGAUUUUGAAGUGGAGGUCGAUAAAAUUCUCAAAGUCAUUCCUAGAGAGAGACGAACGUUUUUAUUCUCCGCUACCAUGACCAAGAAGGUUAAUAAACUACAAAGGGCCUGUUUACAGGACCCUGUUAAAGUGGAGGUUUCUACAAAAUACCAAACUGUCGAGAAAUUGCAGCAGUAUUAUGUUUUUAUUCCUGUUAAAUUUAAGGAUGUGUAUUUGGUACACAUUUUAAACGAACUGGCUGGCAACAGUUUUAUGAUUUUCUGUUCAACUUGCAACAAUACUAUGAGAACAGCUCUUCUAAUAAGAAAUCUAGGAUUUACAGCAGUGCCCUUGCAUGGACAAAUGUCCCAAAAUAAGAGACUUGCAGCUUUGACUAAAUUUAAGGCCAAAACUAGGUCUAUAUUGAUUUCAACAGAUGUGGCUAGCAGAGGUUUGGAUAUUCCUCAUGUAGAUAUAGUUAUAAAUUUCGAUAUUCCUAUGCACAGUAAGGAUUACAUUCAUCGAGUUGGUAGGACUGCCAGGGCUGGUAGGUCGGGUAGAUCUAUCACUUUUGUUACUCAGUAUGACGUCGAAUUAUAUCAGAGGAUAGAACAGCUGAUUGGCAAACAGCUUCCGUUGUAUAAAACUGAGGAAGAUGAGGUUAUGGCGUUGCAAGAAAGGGUUGCAGAGGCGCAAAGGAUAGCCAAUAUGGAACUCAGGGACUUGACAGAGAAGAAAGGUGGCAAAAGGAAGAAAGGCGAUGAUGAUGAAGAUGAUACAGAGGCCGCUUCAGGUGUGAGGAAACGCCUGCAAGGUGGCAAGAAAAAAGGGAAGAAAAGAUAAGAAUAUUAUUGUUCGUGUUUUGUAUUAAUAUAUUUUUUAUUUAAAUCGUUCUCUUUUUUUUUGUA